UUAGACACUGCUUCUCUGAUUAUAGGUAUCUACCAACUUUGUAACGACAUAAACGACCUUUCCUUUCCCAAAACGCUGUUGCUGUUUUCACCCCUAAAAAAAAAAUCUCCAAUGCAACUUUGUCCUUUUCGAUUUAUAUGAAACUGUUCUUUCCAUGACUCUGCUUUCAGUUCUCUUUCCAGCUUAAACCCAGCAGCGGCCUCCUCUCUUUUUCUUGACCAAAAUUUAUUUAUUUUUUCUUAUUUUAGUUCAAUCAAACCCAUUACUCCUCUUCCUUUCUCGAUCCUUUUCUUUGCUAUUGUUAAUUUUUUUUAAAAAAAAUCUCUAAAUCCCAUCAUCCAGGGCUUCAAUUUUGACCGUAGCCAGCUCUAUCAUCAAUCUUGAACCGACACUGGAGCAUGUAAAUUUUUAUCAUCAAGCUGACAUAAGAACCGAAUCGGUGAAGCAAAUUGCAAUCAUGAAUCCAUUUUUCACUGUGAAGCAAGAGUAUGCAGGAUCAAGUUCAUCGCCACCGUCCGGCGGUGAUGAGCCCCCACCAGUUAUGCUGCCACCGCAGCCAAGGGAAGGUUUACAUGAUACAGGACCACCACCAUUCCUGACUAAGACUUUUGACAUGGUAGAUGACCCAACGACCAAUCACAUAGUUUCUUGGAACAGAGGAGGUUCUAGCUUUGUUGCCUGGGAUCCUCAUUCGUUCUCCACAAAUCUCCUUCCUAGAUACUUCAAACAUAAUAAUUUUUCCAGCUUUGUCAGGCAGCUCAAUACUUAUGGUUUUAGAAAGAUUGAUCCAGAUAGAUGGGAGUUUGCCAAUGAAGGAUUUCUGAGCGGUCAAAAGCAUCUCUUAAGGAAUAUAAAGAGAAGAAAGGCACCCUCUCAGCCACUUACUCAACAGCAAGCUCCAGAUGCUUGCGUUGAAGUUGGCCGUUUUGGAUUAGAUGGAGAAAUCGAUCGCUUGAAACGUGACAAGCAGGUUUUAAUGAUGGAAUUAGUGAAACUUAGACAGCAGCAACAGAAUGCUAGAUCUUAUAUACAAGCUAUGGAGCACAGGCUACAAGCGAUAGAGCAAAAGCAGCAGCAAAUGAUGCAAUUCUUAGCUAGAGCAAUGCAAAAUCCAGCCUUCUUACAGCAGUUAGUUCAGCAGAAGGAGAAAAGGAAAGAGCUUGAGGAAGCAAUGACUAAAAAGAGAAGGCGGCCUAUUGAUCAAGGAUCUAGUAGAGGUGGUGGUGGUGGUGGUCGUCGUUGUGGUGAAUCGAGCCAUAUUGGUGGAAGUGCAAACCCCAUAAAGGCAGAGCCUUUAGAGUCUGGAGACCUUGAAUUUGAAGUGUCAGAGCUGGAAGCACUUGCCUUGGAAAUGCAAGGGUAUGGUAGGGCAAGGAUAGAGCAAGAGGAUGGAGUAGAAGAGCUAGAGACUCCUGAAAGUAAAGAUAGAGAACUUGAUGAGGGAUUUUGGGAAGAACUGUUAAAUGAGAGUGCUGGAGGAGAUGAAGAUGAUGUCAAUAUAUUAGCCGAGCGCUUGGGUUAUCUGGGUUCAAGUCCUAAGUAGUGAAACUGAACAGUUUUCUGCGUCGCUGACCAUCAUCAUCAUCAUUAUCACCACUUAAUUCCCUCAAUGAUCAUUUCAUUGUGGUAGCAGGUUUCCAUGGUCAUAUUGCUAGUUGACAGUCUAAUUUGUGUCAUUGGAUGCCAUUAGGCUAUAAUCUUCACCUGCAUUUCUUGCUAUUGACAGGAUAGGGGAACUACCAAGCCGUACUUUCCAGUGGAAACUAUCUUGUUUCUGGUGUUUCUAACCCUUGUAUUUUCAUUUUGUUGUCAAUUUCUCCAUUUUGUACAUCCCUUCUUCUUAUUUUCUCCAUCUUGGUUAGGUUGCAGCAGUGCCUGGGCAGAGUCUCGUAGUCCUUGUCAUGAUUUGUCUCAAAGGUUACUGGAUAUUUUUUUCACUCGCAACUAAUCUUUGAAUUACGCAUUUGAUUCAUUAGUUAACAGCUUCCUGUAAUUUUCCUUGUCCUCGAAUAAAUGUAGACUGUUGAGAUGCUGUUGAUUUCGACAAGAUGUUGCUGCAAGUUGCAAGAAACCACAACUAGGUGCUUUUGGAUUCAAAUAACCGAUUUGGUAGUUAACGGCGUCGGCUUGAUUUUUUUUUUCCUUUCUUUUUCUUGAUUUGUCUUGUUCUUUAUGCAAGGGUGAUGAAAUUCUUGAUGUUACAUUUAUACCAUAUAUAGAUGUUUUUCAUGCCUCUGCAA